GGUAUAUCAUAUAAAUUCAUUUAUUGCAUCCAGAGAUUCUUUUUUUUGCUUUACUCAACAAACAAACAUAUAAAAAUGUAUAUUCUAUAUUUUUCCAUUUUUACAAAGAAAAACUUCAUAUCCCUUGUUGUAAUUAAUUGGAAAGGUCAUUUGAUUUAUAAGAGGAUUUUGAGAGGUUCUCGUUGGUCGGCGUCGUUGACCUUUCCAAUCAUGAUUUAUUUUCAUUUUUUUGUUUAUCUUCCUUUUUCAUUUAUAUAUCCAUCAUUUUUUCUCCUCAAAAAAUUUUGCCAGGCUUGAAUAUUUUUUUUGCAUGUUUUUAGAAUUGUUUCGGAUCUCAGAGUCUGAUGUGAGUGUGCAUUGAAAGUUAUAAAAAAAUACUAUAAGUUUUAUAAAUAUUUUUUCCAGUUUGAAAAUUCAUGACUUGUUGUAUUUUAUUCGUUUUUUUUCUUCAUUUUGCUAUAAAAUUAUUUUUGAUUAGAAGUGUUGAAUUUUUUAUUUUUUAAAGUCGAUAGGCUUAAUAAUACUUUUUCACAUUUUUUAUUAAAAUAUUUACACUUUGAGGAGAUAAUGGUAAAGUUUAUUGGACUUAAAAUUCAAGGAAUUCGAAGUAUUGGUGAUUCGCCGCAGUGCAUUAAUUUUUUGACUCCGUUAACUAUAAUUCAAGGGCCUAAUGGGACGGGAAAGACGAUCGCAAACAAGCCAAGAGUUGAUGCUUUGGUGCAACUUAUCUUCAAGGACAUUAAAGGCAAUACUUGUACGGCAACCAAGCGAUUGAAUGCGAGUGUUGUACGUGGAGGUAAAUUGACUACUAAAUCUGAUGAAUUUAAUCUUAAAAUUGUUGAUAAAUUUGGCAAUCCAAAAUCACUUUCUUCAAAAAUUGGUGAUUUUAAUAAGGAGAUGCUUAAUUUAAUUGGUGUGCCUAAAGCAAUUCUUGAAUUUGUUUUAUUCUGUCAUCAAGAAGAAUCGAAUUGGCCCCUCUCUGAACCAAAAGAAUUGAAACAACGUUUUGAUGCAAUUUUCGAAGUUACAAAAUAUGUAAAGGCUUUGGAUGCAAUCAAAAGGAAUAUUAAAGAAUUGAACCUGCAAAUUCAGUUAAUUGACAAAGAACUUCCUCAUUUGGAAAGUAAUUUGCGUUCUAGAGCUGAGUUAACUAUGAAUUAUGACACAAGCCGUACAACAUUAAAACAAAAUCGAGUAAUAAUUGACAAUUUGUUGGAAGAAAAGAAAGUUGUUGAAGCGGAAUUAGUUGUAACUCGAGAAAAGUUGGAAAAAGCUGUUGAAGCAUCACACAAAUUUGAAGUAAUUAAAGGGAAGAUAAACACACAUCAACGUUAUAUGGAAGAAUUUCUUACUGAAAGUAAUUAUCCUGGAACACGUGAACAAUUGUUAAUUGCUAUUGAUGAUCUUAGCCAUUCUAGUGAAAUACUUGAAGCUGAAGCUAAUAGAAUGAGUAUUGUCCGUAAUAUUUCAACUUUUGCGAAGAAAAUUGCUGAUUUGAAGAAAGAAGAAGAAUAUUACCGUGAAAGAAUGAUUGAAUAUGAUUCUAAACAAAUGGAUGAAUAUUUGACUUUUUUGAAUCAACUUUCUGAAAAAUACCAAAUUCCAUUAGGACCAACUUUUAUUGACAAACUGAAAGCUCAGGCUGAUGCUACAAUGGCGAAAGCGGCUGAAUCGAUUAAACUUGAAUCUGCACGUGCAGAUGAAUUAUCUGAUAAUAUUGAAAACUUGCGUAUUCAAUUGGCUGAAUACAAAAGCGAAAGCCAGUCAAAACGACAAGAAUUUUACAAACUUUCUCAGCAAAUUUGUAUCGCUGAAAGAGAAUUUAAGAAUGCAGAAAAUGCUUCAAAUGCAGUUGUCAAACUUUCUCAAGAAAUUGUCAAAUGGGAGACUCAAUUACAAUCACUUGGUGAUUUCAAAUUGCUAGAUGAUAUUUGGGAUAAUCUUCAAGAGAUGCAGAGUGCUUUGAAUGUUCUUCGACUGGAUUUGAUGGAAUUAGGUGCUGGGACUUCUAUUGAUGAUGCUAGAGAAAUGUCAACAGCUGUUUUGGAGCGAAUGAAUGGUAAAUUGGAAACUGUCUCUAGCCAUAUUACUGUUUUGAAAAAGCGAGUACAAAUUACAAAUCAGUUAAUGGAAUUUAAAGAUAGAAAAGCUUUGGCUGGCGAAAAAGUUGUUCAAAUUGAAUCUAUGAAACAAAAGUUGGAUCAAAAUAAAGAACAACUUAAAGAAGUUGAAUCAUUGCUUGCUUCUGCAAAUCAACAUUUGCCUGGUUUAGAAAAAGAAAUUUCAAAACUUGAAGGGGAAAGGACCAAAAUUUUAAAAGAAAUUUGUACAAAAGAACGAGAUGCUCAAAUGGUUGUUGAUUCUAUUGAUCUUGCAAUUUCAAAAAUAAAUGAUAUGAAAAAUUUGAAUGAAAGAGAUCGUGAUUCAACUGAUUCAACAUAUGAUUAUAGAGAAAAAAUGGAAGAAAAAAGGCGCGAAAUUGAUGGAUUAUUGGAACAACGACGUAAAUUAGAAACUCAAUUGAGCGGAGUUGAAAAUAGAAAGUAUGAAUUGAAACGUUUACAAGAGCAAUUAUCGAGAAUGGAUAUUCAGAAAGAGAUUGAUAUGUUGCAAAGAGAAUUAAGAGAAGCAAAAGAAAGUGCAAUGAUGGAAGGAAUUGAAAGUUUAACUGAAACUAGAACGAAGGAGAACAGACUUAGUCAACGUGCUGUUGAGAUUAACAAUAAAAUUCAUGAAAAGAAUGGAGAACAAUUACAAUUGAGAAAGAAAAUUGAAGAUUUGAAGAGACAAUUAUCUGAAACUCGUUAUGUGGAUGCAAAAAAACUUUAUAUUGGUAAAAUGGUUGAACGACAAGUUACUUUAGAAGCUAUUGAAGAUCUUGAUAGAUAUUACAAAACUGUUGACGAUUCAAUUAUUGAAUUUCAUCAACACAAAAUGGAACAAAUAAAUUCAAUUUUGUCUGAACUUUGGGCACGUGUAUAUCAAGGGAAUGAUAUUGAAACAAUAAAAAUAAAAUCACAAACUGUUGGUUCUGCUGAAAAGAAAAAUGUUGUUAUGACUGUUGAUCAAACUGAUAUUGAUAUGCGUGAUAGAUGCAGUGCUGGACAAAAAGUUUUGGCUUCAAUUUUAAUUCGAAUUGCUUUGGCUGAUGUAUUUGCUGGAAAUUGUAGAAUUUUGGCACUCGAUGAGCCAACAACUAAUUUAGAUGCUGAUAAGGUGGAAAAUAUUGGAACAAUGUUAAAGAAUUUAAUAGAAGUUCAAAAACCACCAACAGAUAGCGCAAUUGGUGUACGAGGAAUUUAUGAUAGUGAUGAUGCUGAUUUUGAAGAACCAACUGGACGAGGUGCUGGAGCAGUACCAGAAGAAGAUAUUACAAUGCCUGAAUCAACAAUUUCUGGUUCUGUGAAAAGACAAUUGGAUGGUACUAAUGCUACUACAAGUACUCAGGCAGCUUCAGCUUACUCAAAAUCUCUUCAAUUAAUUGUUAUUACACACGAUCGACGAUUGGUCGAACAUUUAUAUAUGGCUUGUCGUCCCGAAUAUAUUUAUGGACUUUCUAAAGAUGAAAAUGGCGUUUCACAUAUCAAAGCUUACAAUCAAAUUGCUUCAAAUGAUCUUUUUAAUUGA